AUGAAAAGUCUUCCAAUUGACUCCAGCUCUGUGCAAACACACCACAGUCCUUUCGUGAUUAAGACAGAAAACAACUCUCGCAGUGGUGACGACGACGCUGCGCCCUCGUGUACCCCGGCUCUCGGGGACAAGCUGUCCGCUGCCCCGGCCGCCGCCUCGCUACCGCCCUCGUCCAUUUUCUCCCAACGUGACCAUCAAUCCUGCAUUCCAAACCAGCCAACAUUUGUAACCUUUCGUACCCCUUUCGGAUAG